AGAUGUUGUUACUCGUGUCGAAAACAAGAUCCUAGGUUUGGUCCAGUUCUCGAAGACAACUGUUGUCAAUGUAAUUUCUCUGCUGUCAAACAAACAUUAGGUGGUUUCUUUGAAAAUGUUGAUAUUGUGUAUACGUCGUUCGUUGAUGAGGUCAGUCUGCGAUUUUGUAAUUACAGUGAAGACCACAUUUUGAAUUUUUUACCAAAAUUUGCUCGAAAAAAUUUGCUUUCAUUUCCUGUAGCUUUAUGUCAGUCCAUUUUAUGUCGCCGUGGAUCAUGGGAAGAAAUCUGUGAUCUUAUCAAUCCGAGGAACUCUAUCUUUACAGGUCAGCCUUCACUCAGCGCAAACGACACCACGGGCGGAUCCACCGUGGGGAUACUGGGGGAUUGGGGGGAGUGCACCCCACCUACUGGUGCCUAGCACUUCCCUGGAGAAGUCCAGCAACACCCUAAAAAAUCUGCUUGACCAUAUAUUUUCUGCUUUUCGAAUAGCGAUUAGCGGAACUUCUACUGUUAACGCGUGUCGAUUCCUUGAAACGAUUUCAUUGAUUUGUGAGAUCACGAGAAAAUACUCAGAAUGAUUAAAUAUGUAAACAUGUCGAGGUUGUUAUACAGCCAUAUUUUCAAACAUGCCGUACUUUAACAAGCAAAUUUACUGCACUGUGCUACAGCAACUGUCCAGUCACGCAUACGUGAUAAAAAAGCCGAUAUAAACUUUAUUAACAAAAGAUAAUGUAAAACGUAACAGAACGGCGAACAUGCAGAUUCUGCCAUCUCAAAUAAUGGUAAUGUUGGGAUAGUAGCGUUGCAGACUGCAGAGGAGAGUGGGCAGUAAGGCUCCCUCAUGCACCACCCCAUGGAAAACCUGCACCCCUCCUUGCAGAUGAGGCUAGAUCUGCAUGUGCACUCAAAUGACCAACUAAUUUUACCCACAAAAAUAUUUUAUUUCAGAAUAUUCUCACAGACUUGAUCGUUGAACCGGAGAAAAUUCCUUGCAGUCGAAGUCAGAUGGGAGAUGAAUGGUUUGCACACAAAGGAAUGUUGAGGACGGCAAUGAGUUUGAAGAAUAUCUUGGAAACCAAGAAUAUAUUAACUGAAGCUUUUAAUAAAUGCCCUGUGAGUACUUGCCGUUAAACUUCUUAAUUAUUUCCUGGUUUGUCAUUUUUACUAAUUUCCUUCCCUGUAUUUUGCUCUCCAGGCAAAUGAACGCAGCAACUAUCAACUUAUCAUCGUGGGUCAUUCAUUGGGGGCAGGUGCCGCGGCUAUAUUAGCUAUAUUAUUAAGAGAGACAUAUCCCAACCUAUUCUGCUAUGCAUAUUCCCCGCCUGGAGCGACAUUGAGUCACGACGCCACAAAGUAUGCUGAAGAUUUCAUCUUGUCUGUUGUCAUUGGCAAAGACAUGAUUGCAAGGUAGGAGGGAGAAGUACACCCGUAUUCUAAAAGCUCACUCACACUCAAUGAGUGGAGGUUCAAUUGCAAUCCGAACUUCCCUUGAGUGUCAGUGCUGUUUUUGAAUAGCUGGAGGGUUAGUCUCGUACCUUACUAUGUGACUAAUCACCCUCCAGCUAUAGUGUGGCGGAUAUGUGCACAGUAGCAUCUUUUUAUGAGUAGAACAACAUGCAAAAGUGGGGCCAUCGUGAAACUGUUUUUUAGAGAGCUACGACGCUGUUAGCAUUAUCUGCUAUUAAAUUUUACUACAACGAAAAAUGUGAAAUUUUGAAUUCAAUCGCGACAAAUAUAACUUGCAUCAUCAGAAAGCUUCUAAAUAACUACAUAAAAGACUUUUAAACAGUUUUUUUAUUCUUCCAAUGGUUAUUGCUGUAAAUUAGGCACAUUAUCUCGCUAAAAGUCCCUAAUUAAUUAUUUCAUGAUUAAUUAGUCAUAUUUGUUGUAAUUGAAUACGAAAUUUCACAUUUUUUGGCUAUAAUAGAAUUCAAUAGAAGAAAAUCACUAAUCACCCGCGCGUUUUCAGGAGUUAGCAGCAAAAUAGCGAUGGCCCCACUUCAAAUAUCUAUUAAGCAAAUAAAACUACAUCAAUUGUAAAAGUUUGAUGCUUUUAACCUCAACGGGAACUACCGAUCAAUAAUUUUACACAUAUCCGCCUCACUACUAUUCAAAAACAGCAUUGACACUCAAGGGAAACUCAUAUUGAACCUCCACUCUUUGAGUGCGAGUGUGAGUGAGCUUUUAGAAUCCAGGCGUUACACUAUAUUGAAUAAUAUUAUACUUUAGUAUAAUUUCAGUAGUGAAAAAUGGCCUUUGAGCAUUACUGCUCAGAUUGCUCCGGGCAGUAACUGUUGCUUUUGCCAAAAAAAUGGCGGCUGACAAUCAGACGGAAGUGAAUUAUGUUUGCAAAUUAUAUUCAUAAAAUAAACACGUGUAUUAGUUGUAUUUAUAAAUAAAACUUUUUCAAUUCUGAAAUUAUACUAAAACCAUUAGUAUCCUCAGGCUCGGUGAUUACUUAACAAUAAUCCCCCGAUAAUCACCUUAUAAACAUUCCCCGAUAAUCACCAAGCCUGAGGCGAAUAAUUGUUUUAGUAUUUUUGUGUGAUCUGGGGCUGAAUUUAUUUUAAUUUCGCUUAUUUCUUUAUCAGUAUAACGUUCACAAAACGGCUAGCCGCCAUUUUGAAAAUUUCGGAUUCGUUAUAUUCACCUGUAGGUGAAUAUAACAGCUUAAUACGUCAAAUUUGACCAAUCAACUUGUAGGAUUUGUUAUGUUCACUUGUGCAAAAAUACUAAAAGCUUAUAUUCACUUCGGCUUCGGCCACUAAUUGUUAAAUAUUACACCAUACCGUACCAUACCACAUACAUUUUGACAUCAUUUUCUCGUCAUCUUACAUCUCCUCGUCAUCUUUUGACAGAAUGAGUUUAAACAAUCUCAAAGAUUUACGAGAUCGAGUUAUGUUUCUUAUUUCCAAAACACGAAAGCCUAAG